AUGCCCAAGCAGGUCCUCUUCAACACCUGGAUUGCUGAUGUUUCCUUGCCCACUGGAGAAGACCUUUUUUUCCUUCUUCCCAUCCUCAUCAUCCUCUGGAAAGCCCUAGACAAAAUCACUGAAAUCAAGUCUCUGCUGAAAGAGCAUCCCACAAUGGCCAAGAUCACCAGCCUGUACAAUGACUCAGAGCUCCCUCGGAAGACCAUGCGCAGAGGGGUGUUGAUGACCCUGCCCCUGUGGAUCGGGAAGCCUGGUGGCAAUCCCCCACCCCAUGGGGCCAUUGCGGCCUCACGGGACUAUGUGGCCAAACCUGGAGACUAAGUGGCUGCCCAGGUAAAGGCUGUGCAUGAGGACGAGCAGUGGAUCCUCUCCAAAGUGGUCAGUUGAAGCCACACCACCACCAAGUAUGAGGUAGAUGACAACGAUGAAAGCAAAGAGAGACACACCCUGAGCUGCUGGCGGGUCAUCCCACUGCCCCUGAAGGCCAACCCUGAGACAGACCCUGAGGCCUUAUUCCAGAAGGAGCAGCUCGUGCUGGCCCUGUAUCCCCAGACCACCUGCUUCUUCUGUUCCCUGAUCCACACAUCCCUACAACAGCCCCAGGAUGACUACUCAGUCCUGUUUGAGAACCCCUCCUAUCCAGGUGGUUAUUCCCUUCUGCUUAACGUGGCCCCGAGGUACAUGGUGGCUUGUAAGGAGCCCAAGAAAAAGUGAAGUCGGCUGACAGACUCACCAUCUCCCAGCCUCCUCAGAGGUGGCAAGAAAGGAUGUUCUGUAUUAAAUAUUCUUCCCCCUUG